AUGACUGCCACGGCAGACUCCGCGAUUUCAAAAACGUCUUCGAUAGCGCCGUCAAACGUAACGUCGAACGUAACUUCGAAGAUUUCGUCCAAGGAUACAUCGAGGACACAGUCGCCAUCGAAGGAUGCGCCCAAGGGUUCAGCUGGUUUCGAUGGUCCACCCGUGGAGCCAGCCAGCAACGCAGCCAUGGAGGCACUGCGCAACCUGAAAACGGUCGCGAAAGGCGGCACCCCUGCUACCGACCUGGACAGCGUAGGCACGCGAGGCCACCACGUCAGAUCCAUGGUGACGGUUUGCAUGUGCUCGUGCGCCGCCGGCACCGCACUGGGCUUCGCCUCGGCUGCCAUGCCUUACAUUGAACGCGAGUCCUGGUACCAAUUGACGCAGGCGCCGCAGAACCGAUGGUUCACCGACAUUCUCACGUUCGGUGCCGCAAUCGGGGCGCUUCUGUCGGGGUGGCCAUUGUGGGCGCUCGGCAGCCGGAUGACGCUUCUGCUGUGCGUCCUGGUGAUGGCUCUCUCGUGGUUCGUGCUCGCCGCGUCUUCCAAUACCACCAUGCUCCUUUCAGCCAGAGCUGCGUGUGGUCUGUGGCUGGGCGUCAUCGACAUCGGCGUCAGCCUGUACGUUGCCGAGGUGGCACCCGUAGACAUGAGGGCCUUCUACACAGGUCUCACCGAGGUUGCCACAGGGAUCGGUAUCGUGGCCAGCUACACGCUGAACGGUAUACCGUGGCGGCUGCAAGCGAUGGUUUGGGCCCUGGUGCAAUUGCCGCUCCUGGUUUGGCGGCGAUACCUGGUCGAGAGUCCCCGCUGGCUGUUGCUCCGGGGACGUUUGGACGAGGCAACCAUGGCCGCAACCAGCCUGUACGGGUUUCACAAACCGCCAGAGCUGAGGCCAGGACGGUUCCAACAACAGGACACCAGAUCACCCACUUCAUUCGGGCGACAUAUGAGGCGUUUCUCAGCGUGCCUGCUGCUCCAGCUGCUGCAGAGCGCAUCGUGCGCGCAGCUAUUCUUCCUCCGAGGCAUCCAGGCCAUGGAAGGCCUUGUGAAGGACGUGCCAGCGGCGCUCGCCGCUCUCAUCAUGACGGCCAUGCACGUGUCUUUCGUCGUGCUGUUCACCUCGCUGACACGCUCCACGGGUCGUCGACAGCUCCUGUGCGUGUCGACCCUGCUCGAGGUCUUCUGCUUCGCCGCCUUUCCACCUUUCGAGCAUCUUUCCUUCAGUAAGUGGUCGACCGCGGGGCCCCCAGACCACACCAACUGGACCUCCGUGUACUCGGUCAACCUUCUCGUGCUGAGCUAUUCAGUGGGCCUCUGUCAUCUGCCGCCACUGUUAACUGCCGAGCUCUGUUCGGGACCCAGCUGGCUGCGAUACCUGGGCGCACCGGCAAUCUGGGCCACGCGGUGGUUCGUCGUCUUUGUGAUGGUCGAGUUCAACGAGCAGUUCCUGACGGUCAUGCGUUUUCGGAACGCGCACAUGUACGCCGCCCUGGCGAUGUCAGUGACCGCCGGCGCGUUGUUAUUCCUGCUGCCCGAGACCGAAGGUCGGCCGCUGUCGGAAAUCGAGCAGCAAGACUAG